AUGGUAAGUAUUGGGAAAUCUCAGAGCCAAGUGUCUAGCAGAAAACAAGAUAAAGUACCUGAAGAUGAUGAACUGGUAUGGACUGUUGAUAGACACUCACUCUCCCAAUUUCCUGCUUCACCAGAGCGUGUAACCGAAGUGAAGACUGAUAUCUUCGUCACCAGUUUUGGACCCGUUUCAGACCAUGAUAUGGAAUAUACAAUAGAUGUAUUUUUCCGUCAAAGCUGGAAGGAUGAAAGGUUAAAAUUUAAAGGGCCCAUGACAGUCCUCCGGUUAAAUAACCUAAUGGCAAGUAAAAUCUGGACUCCGGACACUUUUUUUCACAAUGGAAAGAAGUCAGUGGCCCACAACAUGACCAUGCCCAACAAACUCCUGCGGAUCACAGAGGAUGGCACCUUGCUGUACACCAUGAGGUUGACAGUGAGAGCUGAAUGUCCAAUGCAUUUGGAGGACUUCCCUAUGGAUGCCCAUGCUUGCCCACUAAAAUUUGGAAGCUAUGCUUAUACAAGAGCAGAAGUUGUUUAUGAAUGGACCAGAGAGCCAGCACGCUCAGUGGUUGUAGCAGAAGAUGGAUCACGUCUAAACCAGUAUGAUCUUCUUGGACAAACAGUAGACUCUGGAAUUGUCCAGUCAAGUACAGGUAAGUAUGAUUUUGUUACUUCAGAUAUGCAGGAAGAAGCAGAAAAAUAUUUUGUGAGAACUCAAUGAGUCAUUCAGUAACACAAGUCUAGGAGAGAAAACAUUUCACUAAAUUGGGCAUCCAUUGAGCUGGGAACUAAUGUAAACACGGUAAACCUGUGACCUUGGACAUGUCAUUUAAUGCCUCUUGACCGCUGUUUCUGUUUGUUUGUUUGCAAAUUGAGAAAUUGGUUAUAUGUGAUUACUGUAGCACAGCAAGUAGCUAUGUGAACUCUUAGAGAUGAACAUCUGGGUUAAAUCCUUACUCCUUGAUCUUGUCAGUUGUUUGUAGCCCUCUUGCAGGGUGGUUGGAAGAAAUACAUUAAAUUCAUAGAGAGCACUUAUCACAAUUCCUGACACAUAAACAGCUUUUCAUAAAUAACUAUUUGUAUAGUCUAGGCUCCACUUAUUACCAUUAGUUAAUGAAUUUUGCCAAAUUUGUAGUGGUGAUUAUUACACGUAGGACAUCAAAAAGCCAAUCCUUCUACAAUUUCAUUUGUAUCUCUAACCAAGAAUCUUCCACAGCUAAAGCCAACAGAGUCAUAACCACAUUAUUGAUCACUCUAUGUGGGAAUUAAAAGUAGAUGGCAUGCCAUCCUUUUUAGUGUAGUAACUGAUUUACUAAUUCUAUACUCAAAACUAGACCAGACACUAUGGAAAAGCUGGACUCACAUCUUUAAUGUUGUUUCAAACAAUGAGAUAAAAGUUUUGUUAUUCAAGUAUCCAUUUUGUGCUAUCUGAAAUGUGAUCAUUAGACCAGAUAAUUGUAAAUAAAAGCUGGACUCAAACAAUUAGAUAUAUGUCCCACAAAGCCUAUUGUUUACUGAAAACUUUAACAAGGGUCAACAAUUACUUUUUCAAAAUUAUGUCUUUCAAAAUUUAAGUUUAUUUUAUUCACUGUUAUUUGUGAUUUCUAAGGAAACAUGAUGUAGUAAUAAAUAAGAGGAGUGGUGCUAAAAAACUUCUUCCUCUGAUUUCAGGCUUUAUAUUUAGAGUCUCACAAGCAUAACACAUUCAAAUAAUAGGUCAACCUCUCUUACUGUGAUUAUUAGAUAAGUUCAGAUUAAUAGGAUCUGUCUUUUCCUUGUUUUAAAGCCCCCAUUGCUAGCCUAGAAACUUAAAUGUUUAUGUCUUUUAUUUUUUAAAAAAUGGAGGCUAUUUUUCUUUUUUUCUUAUUUCAAAUCCAAGUGACAUAGUGGAAAGGUCAUAGGUUUUAUAGUGAGGAAGAUGUGAACUCAAGUCCUGGUCCUGUCGCUUAGAAACCUUGUGACUUUGGGCAAGUUAUUUGUUCAUUUGGAAACUCUAGUAUUGCCUAACUAAUGACAGUCCUGUAUUUUGUAUUAAAGAUGAAAUAAUAUAAAAUAUUGCAGAGUGUUAUAUAGUAGGUACUCAAAAUGGUAAGAGCUGUUGCUGUAGUCCUGAAAUAUCCCAAAACAUGAAAAAUGCUCAAGAUUUUUCCUUCUUACAACAUACUAUGUUGGAAAAGAUACGAAAAUAAGCUGUGUUCUGUGUUUACUUUUUAAAACUUGAAUGUCAUUAUAAGCUGGAUAUAAUGGCAGUCACUGCAGACUAAAUGAUAGAUAAGCUCAGAUCUUGCUGUCAUGGAACUUGAGGUCUAAGGGAAAUUGAACACAUAAACUAUAAUUAUCAAAAUUGGUAGUUUAAGUGCUGUGAUUAGCGUGUUUUGUGUGUGUGUGUGUGUGUGAUGGAAGAGACCACAUCUGUCUUCUGUAUCCCUAUUAUUUUCUGUAGUAGUUGAGACAUAGGAGGCAUUGAACAAAUAUUUUGAAUUAAUGAAUAAAAAGUGAAUCCAGCCUAAGAUGAUCUAGGAAGGAUUGUUGCAGGGGUUGACUUUUCAUUUUGUUAGUUGGAAUAUAUUGGGGGGUAAAUAAUCACUCUCUAGGAUCCAGGCAGAUCAC